GCUAAGAAGCAGGCUCUUGAAAUGAAACACUUAGAGGAGCGCUUGAAAGUCAUGCAGUUGAUCGGCGAUGCAGGUGACGACGUAGAGCAAGAUGAAGAAGACGCUGUAGGAGUGGAUCCAGAUGCCCAGGAGUUCUACCCAAGUGUGGAUCCCUUUCAUCUGUCGCAGCCAUCGUUUGAGUUAAGUAGGAGCCAGUUAGCAGCGCGGCAGGCCGUAGCAAAGGAGCUUCCUAUAUUCUCGGGUGCCCCGGAGGAAUGGCCACUCUUUAUAGCAACUUACGAGAACACAACUAGAAUGUGUGGGUACAGCGACGAAGAAAACUUACUUCGAUUGCAGCGCAGUCUUAAGGGAAAAGCUAUGGAAGCCGUUCGCAGCCGCUUGCUAUAUCCUGUUGGAUUACCGGGUGUCCUUCAAACAUUACGGACUUUGUUUGGACGACCGGAGGUCAUAAUCCACUCACUAGUGUACAAAAUUCGAAACAUGCCUUCACCAAGGACGGAGAAACUGUCAACGCUUAUCGACUUCGGCAUAGCUGUACAGAAUAUGUGUGCUACGAUUAAAGCCUGCGGUCUCGACGAACAACUAUAUAACGUGGCUCUAUUACAAGAGCUGGUUGAUCGCCUACCGUCAACGAUAAAACUCAACUGGGCGCUACACCGGCAGACUCUUCCAUCUGCUACGUUGUCGAAUUUUUCGGACUGGUUGGAAAUGUUAGUGGAAGCAGCGUGUGCGGUAACUAUUCCAUCGAGUGUAACAUCCAACCCAUCAAAGACGGAGAAGCGUACGGUUCGAAGGGAAGACCUGAACGUGCAUUUUGAUUCUGAUCUGGAGAAGAAUGGCACAUCGAAACCAACCUACAAGACCUUUAGUAAGGACUGCCUCAUAUGUCAUGGAAACUGCCGCAGCGUAGUCGACUGUGAGAAGUUCCAGCAACUUGGAGUCGGUGAUAGGUGGGUGGCCCUGAAGCAGCACAGACUUUGCCGCAAAUGCCUCAAAAAACACUUCGGAGCGUGUGAUGUGAAGAGUCCGUGUGGUAGAAAUGGGUGCACAUAUAUGCACCACGAAAUGUUGCACGACGAUCUGCGAUAUGGACACGGACAGUCGCAAACGACUCAAGAAAUUGACAACGUGAACGUCUCCUCUGCUCAGAGUUGCAACACUCACGUUAGCCUGGACGAAAAAAAUCUGUUUCGGUAUGUUCCAGUGGUACUUCAUGGUCAUGGUGUAUCUGUCGAAACUUAUGCUUUUAUGGAUGAUGGUUCUUCCGCGACGUUCAUGGAGCACAGCCUUCUGCAGGAGCUGAAGCUAGAGGGCAAACCAACUCCGCUAUGCCUUAGCUGGACAGCCGAUCAGCAUCGAGAGGAAAAUGAGUCAGUAAAACUGUCUAUAGAGAUAUCAGGGAUUGCAAACAGGAACAAACGUUACGAACUCCAGAAAGUUCACACAGUUCGUCGUCUCGCUUUACCAAAGCAAACGGUUGAGAUGGAUACGUUAGCAGAAAAGUACAAGCACCUUGAGGGGCUUCCUAUUGCGUCGUAUCACAACGUGUCCCCUAGAAUACUACUUGGAGUAGACAAUUGUCGCCUUGGGUACGCCUUAAACAGCCGCGAAGGGUCAAGUAGCGAGCCGAUAGCUAGUCGAACACGUCUUGGCUGGGUUGUAUACGGACCCUGUUCCCAGAUUCCCGCAGAGCCGAAUCAAACUUAUACUGCUCAUCAUAGUUAUCAUAUAUGUUCCUGCAGCGAGGAAAGUGAUGCUGAUCUACACAAAUCGGUUAAAGAGUAUUUCACUCUCGAGAACCUAGGCGUAAAACGGCCAGAGAAGCAAAUUAUGUCUAAAGAUGACGAGCGGGCAGUUCAGUUACUGGAGUCACAAACGAGGUGCAACGGGACUCGGUACGAAACAGGACUCUUAUGGAAAUACAGUGAAAUCAAGUUACCUCAAAGCAGACAAAUGGCAACGAAGAGGUUGUUGUGUUUGGAGAGAAAAUUGGAAAAGGAUCCAGCGUUGUUCAAAGCUUUGAAUGACAAACUGAAGGAAUAUGAGGGAAAGGGGUACGUUAGAAAAAUGUUGCCAUCGGAGAUCGACGACGCUCAUCCGCGCUCAUGGUACCUUCCAAUAUUUCCCGUCAAGAACCCAAACAAGCCCGAUAAGCUGCGUAUAGUAUGGGAUGCCGCAGCAAAGGUCAAUGGGGUUUCGUUAAAUUCCGUCUUGUUCAAGGGACCAGAUCUAGUCUCGUCAAUCGUAGCAAUACUGUGGAAAUUCAGGGAGUUCAAAAUUGCUGUUGCUGCAGACAUAGUCGAAAUGUUUCACCAAGUGAUCAUAAAACCAACGGAUCAACAUUCCCAGAAGUUUCUUUGGAGAAGCUGUGACACAUCCCGGGAACCUGAAGUGUAUACCAUGACCGUAAUGAUUUUCGGCGCAACAUGUUCUCCGAGUUGUGCUCAAUUCGUCAAAAACCGUAAUGCACAACGCUUUGCAAGUCAAUUUCCUAGAGCAGUUGAAGCAGUUGUAGAUGAACACUACGUAGAUGACAUGCUCACUAGUGUGGAACUAGAAGUCGAAGCAGAAGAAUUGGCGAGACAAGUUGAGUACAUCCAUGGACAAGCUGGAUUCCAAAUCCACAAUUGGUUAUCCAAUUCACAAGCUGUUUUGGAUGCCAUGGGCGCAGGAAACGUUAGUGAGAAGAGUCUAAACACUAUAACCAAGCACGCUUCUGAUAAGGUGUUAGGGCUGUGGUGGUGUACUACCACGGAUGAGAUGACAUUCAAGAUUCCGGCUAGACAGGACUCCAAAUUACUUCUGGGACAUCGAACUCCUACCAAAAGGGAAGUGCUUAGUACAUUAAUGACCGUCUAUGAUCCACUGGGCCUUAUCGGAAAUUUCUUGAUGUUCUUGAAGACCUUGCUUCAGGAAAUUUGGCGCUCUGGUGUAGCCUGGGAUGAACCAAUAGCUCAAAAGCAGAUGGAAAAGUGGCAAUUAUGGAUAAAAGUUCUACCCAGGAUUGAAGCAGUGCGGAUUCCUAGAUGCUACAGAUCUCAGACUACAACAUCAGAGGCGAAUGACAUUCAACUUCAUGUCUUCGUAGAUGCGUCCGAGAAUGGUUAUGCGGCCGUAGCAUACUUGCGCUUUGAAGAACACGGAAUAAUAGAAUGUGCACUAAUCGGAUCGAAGACUCGUGUUGCUCCGCUACGGUUUGUCUCAAUCCCUCGUCUCGAGUUACAGGCUGCUGUUCUAGGAGCUCGGUUUGCAAACAGCAUACAAGCUACGCUAAAACUAAAGCCUUCCAGUAAAUUCUUCUGGUCUGAUUCUCGUGACGUGAUUUGUUGGCUGAACUCGGAUCAUCGCAGAUACAGCCAGUUCGUUGGAUGCCGAGUCGGAGAAAUACUGGAGCUUUCGGAAGUGUCCGAAUGGCACUGGAUAGCAUCAAAAAUGAACGUCGCAGAUGAUGCUACGAAAUGGAAAAGUCUGCCCAAUCUGUCAUCAAGGGGUCGUUGGUUCAAGGGUCCGCCUUUUCUUUGGGAGCCAAAACCCAAAUGGCCUAUCACCCCAAAAUCUUUAGGAUCAACUGAACUGGAAUUACGUGCCUACAUCCAGCACCACGCAGUAGAGGAAUCGGUGAUCAACAUGCACAAUUUCUCCAGGUGGGGGCGUCUGGUGCGACACAUAGCUUUCGUUAAACGGUUUCCGUCGAACAUACGUCGAAAAUUGACCGGAGAAAGGCGUCUAACUGGCCCGCUGAUUCGAGAUGAAUUGAAGCAAGCUGAGAAAUAUAUAUUCCGAAAGGUACAAUCCGAAAGUUUUGCUGAAGAAGUUCACAUACUUCAAAAUGCCGAUCCGGAACCAUGGAGAAGUAAGAGAAAACUAUUGAAGCACAGCUCUUUGUAUAGGCUUAGCCCAUACAUUGAUGACGACGGUGUUUUGCGCAUGAAAGGCCGCAUCGGUGCAUGCGAAUAUGCGAGUGAAGAAAUGAAACAUCCCAUUCUGCUGCCAAAACGACAUCACGUCACUGAUCUCAUCGUUCUAGACGUCCAUCAACGUCAUUAUCACCAGAAUCAUCAAACUGUUCUCAACGAAGUGCGCCAAAAAUACUACAUUCCAAGCCUUAGAUCCGUCUAUCGAAACGUCCGAAGCCGUUGUCAACUCUGCAAGGUUCGAAAUGCGACACCGCAGCAACCGAUGAUGGGAGACCUACCACCUAUGCGCUUGAAACCAUUCGUCAGACCGUUCUCUUUUGUAGGGAUCGACUAUUUCGGGCCAUUCCAGGUUAUGAUGGGCCGACGAGUUGAAAAACGUUGGGGUGUACUCAUAACGUGUAUGACCGUAAGAGCAGUACACAUAGAGGUUGCACACUCUUUAUCUACAGAAUCCUGUAUUCUAGCCAUACGAAACUUUGUUGCUCGAAGAGGUAUGCCAUUGGAAAUAAUCAGUGACCGUGGAACCAACUUCAUAGGGGCAAGCAGGGAGUUAAAAGACGCACUACAAAAAAUGGACCAGAAUAAAUUGAUCGAAAGUUUUGUGAGUGUAGAUACCAAAUGGUCCUUCAACCCACCUGCUACGCCGCACUUUGGAGGAUGCUGGGAAAGGCUUAUUCAGUCAGUUAAGAAAAGCUUUAACCAUGUGAAACCAAAUCGCACUCCUAGCGAUGAAUUACUCCGCAAUAUGCUCACCGAGAUCGAAUUCGUCAUUAACUGCAGACCGCUGACAGAAAUACCGCUUGAAAACGAAGAAGCCUCACCGCUAACCCCAAACCACUUCCUCAUUGGAUCUUCCAGUGGUUCUAAAGCCCCGAUCGCGUUUAACGAUUCCGCAACCGUAGUUACGAACUCUUGGAAGAUGUCUCUAGCGUGCGCUGACCAGUUUUGGAGGCGCUGGGUGGCCGAAUACCUUCCGACCUUGACCAAGAGAACCAAGUGGUUUCAACCGGCAAAACCAUUGGAGAUAGGAGAUAUCGUCGUAGUGGUAGACGAAAGACUACCAAGGAACUCCUGGCCAAAGGGACGCAUCAUUGAAGUUUCCAUGUCUAAGGACGGACAAGUUCGACGAGCAUCAGUGCAGACUGCGAAUGGUAUAUUCGAAAGAUCGGCAGCUAACUUAGCACUGAUCGAUGUCGUCGGUUCAACCGUAAGUAAGUCGGAUCCAUGAUCACGACGUACUGGGGGGGAUUGUCGCACCCCUGGUGCAACGAACCGACUCCAACAACUUCCAGUGUGGGGACGGUACUGUCACUACCGAACUGUCAGUGCUCACGACAAUGAAGAAAAUCUAUCCUAUUGUAUAACACGUGUCAGAUAUAAUUACUAAGCAAAAUUGAAAGCGAUAAGAGGGUGAGAUUGUGGUUCAUAAUUGAAAUUUCUUAAAAUUUAUGGAUUAAAGUGAAUUGAAUUCUUAUUUCCUCUCUAGAUACUAUAAUAGUUACAAAGCUACACCUAAAACUUAUAAUUUGACUAAACUUAAUGCUAAAACACUCAACGAACAAACAGCAUUCACGUACGAAUUGAACUUAUUACUAAACACACUGUUGAAACACCCUAGAGACAUUAAACGUAAGUAGCCUAAAUUGAAACACACCUAUAAAUAUCAUUCGGGUUACUAAAAUGAAUUUCAAAUCACCCGCUAGGAAAUUUUUAACCUACCCUGUACCCAAGAGUAAAUAAGGUCAAAAUAAAGGUUGUCAAUUCGGAAAAGUCUCUACGUUAUUUUGUUGUUUGUUGCAA